AUGGAGAAGGAGAUGGAGGCGUUCGUGCAGCAGCACCAGGCGCAGCUGGUGGCGGCGCAAGUGCCCGAGCGACUGUGGCCCGUGGCCUACUACAAGCUCAAGCACGAGGUGUUUGACGCCGGCAACUACUUCUUCCUGGCUCGUGACGAGGACGGAGACCUGCACGCCGUUGUGCGCGACGACGUGGACCUCUCGCCCGUGCAGCCCGACGCCGAUGAAGCGCUCUUCCUGGUGGACCACGCCUGGACCUUCGCGGCGGACAAGGCACACGAGCAGCUGGAGGCCGUGCCGCCGCUCCUGGAGCGAAUGGAGAACCUCAUGCAGCUCGAGGCCGGCGAUCUCUCCAAGGAAGACCGCGUGGCUGCCGUGGCCGACCGCGUCUGGCGCUACACCAACACGUACCGCCUUGGCAACGUCAAGCCCGAGGACGCGUCGACGAUCUGGUACGUCAUGGACGAGGUCGGAUCUGCCAUCGAGCACGGAGACGAGCCCAACGUGCGCAUGGCUCCGUUCUACUUCGGCGAGUCGCAGUGCGCGUUCUCGCUCGUGUGGACGGUGCAGCCCAUUGAAGGCGGCGACUUCCUCGCUCGCGACUAUUUCCCGGAGUACGCGGCGGACGCAGCAAUGCACAAGGCGCUGCUGGCUGCGCUGUUCUACGAGCCUGGCAAGGCUGACAGCCCGUACCUCGAAGAGCUGCAGGAGAUCGUCGCUGUGCGCAAGAACCAGUACACGCUGGAGAGCGCUCGUGCGAAGUUCCACGCCAUCGUCAGCCGUGACUCGGAGACGCUCCCGGACCCGGCUACGACGGUCUCGUCCCCGCCACUCUCCACCAUUGUGGCGGGCUCGGAGCAGCUUCGCGUGUGUUCCGACCUCCAGUUGGUGCACGACAACUUGACCCACCCGCGCUUUACUCUCGUGGACAACGAAGAGGAGGCGCAGGUUGUCUGGUCCACCCGACACCUCAAGGACUUCCCGAAGUACGCCAACAACGAGAACGUGCAGAUCAUCAACCAGUUCCCGAACGAGAAGGUCCUCACGUGCAAGGACCUGCUCUACGAAAUGUGCAAGCUGCACAAUGACGGCGUGCAGCCUGAGUGGCUCGCUGAGACGUACAACAUGACGAGCGAGUUCCCCGAGCUCAUUUCCGAGUUCAUUAGCCGUGACCUCGCUGCUCACGCGAAUGGCGAUGACGACGAUGAGGCCAACCACUGGAUCUGCAAGCCCUGGAACAUGGCGCGCUCGAUCGACACGUGCAUCGCGCAGAACGCGCCCCACCUCGCGCGCCUUACCGAAACGGGACCCAAGAUCGCGUGCAAGUACAUCCACCGCCCUCUGCUCAUUGACCAGCGCAAGUUCGACAUCCGUUUCCUGGUGAUGGUCAAGUUGACGGAGCCCCUGGAGCUGUACCUGAGCGGCGUCUACUGGCUCCGCAUCGCCAACAAGGAGUUCACCAUGGACAACUUCCAGGACUUUGAGAAGCACUUCACCGUCAUGAAUUACACGGACUUUGCCGUGCGUAUCAUGGACAACGCGGAGUUUGUCGAGCGCUUCGACAACGAGUACCCGAGCGAGGACUGGUCCAUGGUGUACGCCGAGAUCUGCUCCUCCAUCAAGAAGCUCUUCGAGUUCGCCACGGCGCAGCCUCCUCCGCUUGGCCUCGGCCGCUGCACCAAGUCCCGUGCGCUUUACGGAGUGGACGUUAUGCUGGCGUGGGAAGACGACGAGGAGACUGGCGAGGAGCGUCUGCGUCCGGUGAUCCUGGAGGCCAACUUCCAGCCGGACUGCACGCGCGCCUGCAAGUACUUCCCACAGUUCUACAACGACCUCAUGAAUGUCCUCGUGCUUGAUCGCCCGGAGGACACGGUGCACGGAGCCACCCGCCUUUAA